AAUGGUAAUGUCUAAGACAGAAUAGAAAUGGUCAAGCAUGGAAAGUGGAAGAGAGGGCAAAGUUGAGAAUCUGAUUGAAUUCAGUAGCUGACAAGUGUUUGAAAAAAAAGGUGCUUGGAUUUUUGCAGACCACAUGCCCAUGCAGACAGAACCAGACCCACCCACAUACUCAUUCCACAUGGAUGUAUGGGAUUGAGCCUUGAGAGAGCAUUUACCCACCACUCUCUCUCUCGUGUCUUAAAGAAAAGAGAUUAGUUUAUUCAUGUUCAUCAUUUUACAAACCUUCCUAUCACUUCUAGCUGUCUUUCAAUUAUCUGAUGAAAUUCCUGAACCACAUUCUUUGAUUACAUCUGUUCUUGGAUCUGAGGAGAUUCUUUUAGAGUUUUAUUUUUUGUAUUAGUUUCUUAUAGGCAAGUUGAGGUAAUGUUGCUGAUGAGUGUGGAUACAUUCUCUAUGUUUUUUUAUGUUGUGUUGAGUGUGCUGGAUAUUGGGUCCCCUGCCUUUUCUUUUGGUUCCAUUGCAGACCAAUGGUCUGUCCUGUGCGAACCCUUUAAUAUUGUUUCAUUUACUGAUCAACAUUGAUCUCAAUUUCUUCUGUGUAUAUUCCUUUUCUUUUGUACUUUUUCUUGAUUGUUGCUAAAGUUUGAGACUUUGGGGGAAUCCUUGGAAAUCCUAAAAUGGACAUUUAUGUUUUAGGAGAAUUUUUGAGAUUUGGAUUUUGAUAGCUAAAAGGACGGUUCUUGAUAUUAUGAGUAUUGAUAGAUGCCAAAUGCUUUUGUUUUGGGCUGGAAUUGGGGAUGAUUUUAUUUUCCCCCUUCUGAUUUGUUGGUAAUCUGUUUUGGAAAUGCAGUAUUUGGAGUUCCAUGCAUAUGGAAAGUGCUUCAAUCGAACUGGUAAAAGUGGAAUUUCUCCUUUAAAUUUUAACGGUUUUGUGAGGGAAAAACAAAAAGGAAAGAAAGAAACAGAGAUGAUAUAGUUCAACUUUGGAGUUUGACUCAGUGAAGCAAUCUCAGUAAAGAAUCUGAAAUCACUGUUUCUUAAUACGGUUACCAGAUAAUUGGUUAGACAUCUCAUAGGUUGUGGUUCCACAUACACUAGGUCAAACACUGUGGAAGACCCACAGAUUCAGCUUAAGGAAAUAAAGCUUGAUAUAUUGUAACUAUUCAAUUGGAUUGGUUGAGGAGGGGAAGAGGAGAUGGCAGCAAAACUUUUACAUUCUUUAGCAGAUGAUAAUCCAGAUUUGCAGAAGCAAAUAGGAUGCAUGACUGGGAUCUUUCAGCUUUUUGAUCGCCAUGUCGUCACUGGUAGACGUCUCAACCAUAGGAGGCUUCUUCCAGGUGAUCCCCACUUGAAGAAUAGCAGCACUGAAAGGGAAUCUUUUGAUGUUUAUCAUCGGUCUACGGCAGCUGAAAUGAAUUUGAACAAGAAUUUGAAUGACAAACAAAGGAUUUCCACUGAAUCAUCCGGACCAUCUUUCUCAUCCUCUUGUUCUUCCUCUUUAUCUUCGCUGGACUGUAACAAAACAGCUCAACCGGAAGCGUCUUCCUUUGACAGAAUUAUUUUCCCUAAAACUCCUUCAAGGGAUGCUGUUCUAACUCAGCCAACCACCUCUUCACAUGUUGGACGGCAAUCCCUUGAUGUUCGGGGUGUUGUCAAGGACUCAAUGUAUAGGGAAGCAAGAGGGCUAUCGGUCAAAACUUCAAUUAAAGAGGAAGCAGUGGCCCAUGCAGUGAAGCAUAAAGACUCCCCAAGGCCAUUACAUCCCUCCAAAUAUGUGGAUGGAUCUCAUGGAAUUGUGAACAAGGAGAAGCAAAAUUCUCCUGUUGAUCUUAAGGAGUCCCUUAGAGUUCUUGCUAAACUUAGAGAAGCACCUUGUUAUUACAAUGAAACUAGAGAAAGGCCAAGAUCAUUGCAGGAACUGAAAGAUGGAGCCUCACAUACAAUUUCAAAAGACGCUCCUCGGAUUUCUUAUGAUGGGAGGGAGAUGAACCGUUUGUCUUUUGACUCAAGGGACACCACCAAGUCCAAUCUAAAGAUAAAAGAGCUGCCUAGGCUUUCCCUGGACAGCAGAGAAAUUUCAAUGCGAGGUUCCGGAUGUUAUUCAAAAUCAAGUUUCAUUUCAAAAGAUUUACAAAGUGCUGUAAAUUCAAAUGAGAAGGUCCAUAAUAUGCAGCAUUCAUUGGGAACCCAGAAGCGGCCUCCUAAUUUGGUAGCUAAGUUGAUGGGUUUGGAAGCAUUACCAGAUUCUGCAUCCACUAGUUAUAGUCGGUCAAAUUUAAUCAAGAGCUUCCCUGUUGACCAUAGUGAUUCCUUCUCAGCAUCAUUGAAAGUGAAAGAUGUAAACAGGCCAAUUCAGAUUCCAAAGUCCCCGAGAAACAUAUCAAAAGAGCCUAUUUCACCAAGGUGGAAGAAUCCUGAUUUAAUUAUGAAACCCAUUUCAAGGUUGCCAAUUGAAAAAGCACCUUGGAAGCAACUGGAAGGAAGCCGAACUUCGCCAAAACCUGCAAAAUUUUCGGCCAAGACAUCAAAUCCCUUUCCAACAGUUUACAGUGAGGUUGAAGGGAGAUUGAAAGAUCUUGAAUUCAAUCAAUCUGGAAAGGAUCUCAGAGCUCUUAAACAGAUUUUGGAAGCAAUGCAGGCCAAGGGGCUACUGGAGGCCAGAAAAGAAGAGAAAGGAACAAGCUUUGGAACCCAAAGGGAGUACGAGUCAAACUGUACUAGUCCAGGGCACAAGCCAAGAUCUUUAAGCCAACGCAACCAACAGAGGAAUCAUGUUAGUGCUUCCACAAUCAGGGGCUCUGAUUCUUCAAGGACUUGUGAAUCACCCAUUGUGAUCAUGAAACCAGCCAAACUGGUUGACAAAUCUGGCAUUCCUGCUUCCUCAGUAAUUCCAAUUGAUAGCCUUUCUGGUCUUCAUAAAAUUCCAAGCAGUGGACAUGCAGGUGGUCCAAAUAGAUCAGCUAAUAACCAAACAGCUAAAGAUCAAUCUCCUAGAAUCAGUCACCGGGACCAUGCUUUCAACUCCAGUGAUAAGAAAGCCAGUGUGAGGCACAGAUCAACUCAAUAUUCAACAAGACCUCAGCAUUUGCUGAAAGAAAACACGGGCUCAGCAAAAAGCUCAGGAUCUGUAAGCCCAAGAUUGCAACAGAAAAAGCUGGAGUUAGAGAAGAGAUCUCGUCCACCUACACCUCCAUCUGAUUUAAACAAGCCUAGAAGGCAAUCCAACAGGAUAUCAACUGAAUCAGGUUCACCUGGUGGGAAAAACAGACGGAAAGCUCACAAAUUGCCACAGAGUGAUGACCAACUGAGUCAGAUAAGUAAUGAAUCUAGUCAACAAGGUGAUGAUGUAUCUGUGCAGUCUGACAGCACUGUUGUCUUUGACUCAAAGACAGAUGUGGAAGUCACCAGUUCCGAACAAUCUACCGAGGUAAAUGGCAGCCAGAGUCCAUCCAUGAAGACAGGCAAUCACUUGUUUUUUGACUUGAAGCAGAAAAAACCAAGUUCAAGGUUGGAAGAAGAUGGAACAUUGGCCGAACUUGCAGUUGAUACCCCAGAGCAUCCUAGUCCCAUCUCAGUUCUUGAUACAUCAUUGUAUAGAGAUGAUGCAAUGUCUCCAGUAAACCAGAUACAAAAUCUGGCUACAGCAGGUGACGGUGCUGGAGAUUCCAAGGGCCGAAAGAGUGAGAAUCAGUGGAAUAACAGUGUGGGGUCUGGUCUUACAUCAGAGAUCAGUCGAAAGAAAUUGCAAAACGUAGAAAAUUUGGUACAGAAACUUAAACAACUAAAUUCCACUCAUGACGAAGCCAGCACAGAUUACAUUGCAUCACUUUGUGAAAACACAAAUCCAGACCACAGAUACAUCUCUGAAAUCUUGUUAGCUUCAGGUCUUCUACUCAGAGACCUUGGCUCUGAAAUGACAACAUUUCAGCUCCACUCAUCAGGUCACCCCAUUAACCCCGAGUUAUUCUUCGUAUUGGAGCAAACCAAGGCCAGUACUUUGCCUUCACAAGAAGAGUGCAGGCCCAGAAAGAGCUCCCGUUCAAUGCCAAACCCUGAAAGAUGUCACCGGAAGCUCAUAUUUGAUGCUGUUAACGAAAUGAUCGUGAAGAAGUUAGCAUUGGCUGUGCCCUCUCCUGAACCACGGUUGAAAUCUGAUAAACUGGCAAAGAAACCUCUCUGUGCUCAAAAGCUUCUAAAAGAGUUGUGUUCAGAGAUUGAACAGCUUCAAGCCAAGAAAUCAGAAUGUUGCUUAGAGGAAGAUGAGGAUGAUCUAAAGGGCAUUUUGUGGUAUGAUGGGAUACAUUGGUCUGGAAGUUGGACAAAUUUUCAUAGUGAAGUUUCUGGUUUAGUGUUAGAUGUUGAGCGGUUGAUCUUUAAGGAUUUAGUUGAUGAAAUUGUGAUCCGUGAGGCUGCUGGUUCGCAGAGCAAACUGGGUAGGCGCAGGAAGCUGUUUGCAAAGUAGCUAUCCAUCUGAAAUAGCAUCUUCUAAUUCUUCAUUUACUUUUUGUCUUUCUUAUUUUGAUUUACAUUUUUUGUACUAAAGCACAAUAAUUCUUGACCAAGAACUGGAAUGCUGGGUUGGGUUGUAAAGAAAUUAAUUUACUCAGAUUUUGAUAUUAUACAUAUUCAUUAGAAUUAAUACAUCAUAUUUGCAAA